UUUAUUUCAAUUUUUGGGAUACAACACAACAGUUUUAUCAUAGCUGCAUCUAGCUAAGUUUUCGAAGUUGUCAUUAUAUCAAACUUUGUUUUUAGAAUUAAAGGAUGAACAAAAUGAUGAAAUAUGAAAAGCUGGAAAAGAUAGGAGAAGGGACUUAUGGAACUGUUUUUAAAGCAAAACAUAAAGAUACACUUGAGGUUGUUGCUCUGAAGAGAGUGCGUCUAGAUGAAGACGACGAGGGCAUUCCGAGUUCUGCACUGCGUGAAAUAUGUCUUUUGAAGGAAUUAAAACAUAAAAAUAUUGUCAGGUUGUACGACGUAAUGCAUAGCGACAAAAAGUUGACUAUUGUGUUUGAAUAUUGCGAUCAAGAUUUGAAAAAGUAUUUUGAUAGUUGUCAGGGUGAAAUUGAUCCUAAUAUUGUUAAGUCCUUUAUGUACCAGCUACUGCGUGGCUUAGCAUUUUGCCAUGAAAAACACAUCCUUCAUCGAGACUUAAAGCCUCAAAAUCUUUUGAUAAACAAGACUGGCGAACUAAAACUUGCUGAUUUCGGCCUUGCAAGAGCUUUUGGAAUACCAGUCAGAUGUUUUUCAGCAGAGGUGGUUACACUCUGGUACAGACCUCCAGAUGUAUUAAUGGGGGCGAAGUUGUACACUACUUCUAUUGAUAUAUGGUCAGCUGGGUGCAUUUUUGCUGAAAUAGCCAACGCUGGCAGACCUCUUUUUCCUGGUAGUGAUGUAGACGAUCAAUUAAAAAGAAUUUUCAGAUUACUUGGUUCACCAUCUGAAGACAACUGGCCUGGUGUGUCCAAACUACCAUUAUACAAGGAUUUUAACAUUCCACCAUCUGUAUCAAUACAUGCUGUUGUUCCCAAGAUGAAUUCUGCUGCAAAGGAUUUAUUACAGAAACACUUAGUAUUGAAUCCAACUCAUCGCGUAACUGCUGAUGAAGCAAUGCAACACGUGUAUUUUGCUGACCUAAGUCCUGCUGUAAAGAACAUGUAGCCCAACUUAACAAUAUUAUCCACACACGUCAAUUAGGUGUAUAUAUAUAUACUUUAGUUUUAGUUUUUUAAACAUAUUGUAACAUAUUAUAUACAAAUGAAUUUAUUUAUUGGUAGUGCAAACACUUGCUAUACUUUUAUUCGAUAAAAA